AAAAAAUUAAAGAGCAGUGACACUCCAGAAAAAUGACGGCAUUCCCAGUCCACUUUGAGAACAGCUCGGUCAAGCUCUAGCUCUUUUCCUACAAACUCCUACACCGCAGGCCUCAAUCCAACGCAGAGCCACCACCAACACCACUUCCACCACCAUCCUUCCUUCUGAAAACGCAGACGACACAUCACAAUGGCCUCCCGCUCAGCAUUCACAAGAUUCACGCCCGUCCUGCGACAAGCUCGCCCAGGCGUCUCGCCCUUGAAGCGCAGCAGCCCAAUCCUCUCAGCUCUGCAGCAACAACGCUCACGACAACAACCAUCCCUCCUACAACCCACAAUCGCCGCCCGUUUCGCCCACACAGUCCCCAAACCCAAAGCCGCGCGCGAAGCCGAAGCAAAGACACCCGCCCAGAUGCGCAUGGAGACCUCACCGCACUACCAGCUCGACUUCACCUGCGUGCCGUGCGACACCCGCUCCCGCCACAAAGUCUCCAAGCAAGGCUACCACCACGGCUCCGUCCUCAUCACCUGCCCGUCGUGCCGAAACCGCCACAUCAUCAGCGACCACCUCGGCAUCUUUGGCGAUCGCAAGGUCACUGUCGAGGACCUGAUGCGCGAGAAGGGCAGACUCGUUAAGAGGGGCACAUUGGGCGAGGAUGGCGAUAUCGAGUUUUAUCCUGAUGAGAGCGCUGGCGGUGGUGGUGCUGAGGCUGAGGCUCAGGCUGCGGAGGUGAAGAAGGAUGGGUCUGCUUGAAGGCUCUUGGGAAACGAACUGUAAACAUUGUACGAUACUUGUGGCAGACUCGGUGAGGGCGACUGAGGCCUUGAUUUGCCAAUGGAUUGGAUGACUGCAUACAAAGGCGUUCAGGAUACCCAUCAACACUCAUGGGAACACACAAAAUGGCGGGACAUAUUGUAACAACAGAAUAGAUCUCACAUAUGAACGGGCA